ACAGGGAGAACCCUCCACUUUAUCUCGAACAGAUGCAUACUAGAUACAAAGAACUGUAUGAGAAGGUCGAACAGCAGAAAAAACUCAAGACAAAUGGAGGUCAUACUAAUGGGAGUAGUGUGUCCGGUGACGUCGGGCGUGGGGAAAGACUGAAUGCAGCUCAGAGGGAAGAAUCAGCUUUUGACCGAGGUAAAGGCGAGGAUACUUUUGGUGCCAGAGACGAAGAUUGGCAACUUUACAAACUAAUGGGAAAAGAUAACGAUGAUGAUGAUAAUGGAGCUGAUGAAGAUGAAGCGGAGCUGGCCCGUGUUUGUUCUAGGCUCCAGGAGAUAGACCCAACAUUUGUGCCUAAACCCGAACCAGCACCUUCACAGCCGGCUACCGCCGAGGCACCACAUGUUCGUCCACUCACCAAGGAAGACUUCCAAAUUGUGCUUGGGGUCGAAAGGUUCUGAUGUCCUGAAAUAUUAUUCCUCCCGAACUUGGUCGGGAUAGAUCAAGCGGGGUUGGAUGAGAUGACCAGGGUCUCAAUAAGAAGGUUGCCAUCCAAGGAUGAGGCACUGGAGAAUAGGUUGACCAGUUCUAUUUUUAUGAAUGGUGGGUGCAGUCUCUUUCCCGGUAUAAACGAA